CGGAUUUCACUGCAGAUCGAUGAGUUUAGGAACGCGAGUGUGACGCGGGAUUUUUGAAUAAUCGAAUCAGCGCUGCAAUGCUCUUAAUAUCAAAGGCAUUACCCGAAUAUCGAAUUAAGAGGAUAAUCCUAUAGUUAAUGGAUUCUUUGAGAUUGAACAGGAGCUUCGGAUAGCCUCUCGAUUUUCACAUUGACUCGAGCGAACCGGUACAGCGUACAGUCUCAAACUGAUGGGUUGGCUUGCGGGCUCGCCUCUCACUUCACAGCCCACCGAUUCGAAAGACAAACUCACGUGGACCCAUUCAACACGCGCAUAACCUACUCUCAUAUGUGUGUUUAUGUAUAUUUUCAUCAUAACAAGACACAACGUGUUCAGAUAUAAGCACGUUUUACCGAAUAGUGUCUUCAAAAGUUUAUCGUUAUUGAAAGAUGCAACUUUAAAAUAGCGUAGAUUAAGUUAUAACGAUUAAGUUUGCCAUCAGUUCCCUUUAUAAUGAGUUUACCGGUUGUAAAUUUAACCUCAGACUCCGAUUCUUCGAGUUCGAGUUCCGAAAGCGGAGAUAAUGUCAAUAACAAAGCCAGGAAUUCCCGAAUAAACGCAAGUCAAACCGAUUCUAGUCAUAAUCAAAGAUCAGACUUUCAAAAUGUGCAAGCAACACAUUCAUAUGGCAUUCAAUCAGAUGUCAUUAAAGAUCCUCUUUUCAAAAUCUUAUUCAGAGAUGAGCUCACAUCCAGAAAAUAUCGACAAAGACUCGAAGAUAUCAUAAAAUUUGUGUUGACAAAUGAAGUGGAUGAAAACAUUCAGAAUCAAUCAAGUUUAGUAUUAGACAUAUACGAUCCUAAGUUGGAUAAAGUGUCUACCUCACAGACUCAAGCGGCUCAGAGUUUCAUGCAGGCAGCUCAACAAGGAUCAUCAAACAGUACUAAUUAUAUUCAUCAAAUGGCACAUAGCAACAUCGUUUCAUCCAAUACUAAAAAGAAAAUAAAACAUAAGCGAAAAUUACAACAAAGUGAGGAAUCUACUCCACGAAUUCCAUCCAGUCCCUGUGUACAACAAGCAGUACCGCAAGCCAUAUCACAAGUAGGACAAGAAACACCCAUAGAUGUUUCUCAUAUUAAACUGGAGAAACCAGAUGAUACAAUUCCUUCUGAUUCAAAACAGCAACCAAGUGACAAAAGUGAGUUACCAAAUAGUGAGAAGCCUGUUAUACAGACUCAACAUCCUUCACCAGCACUGCCUACUCUCUCUUUAAUUAAAGAAGUUCCAGAAGCAACUAUAAAUAGCACUAUUGAAAUUAAACAAGAAUCACCACAAAAAAGUAAUCCUUCUAAUAGUGAAAAGAAAUUAGAAGACAGUCAUAAAUUGCAAAAAACUAAUAGACCAAUUCAACAAAGUCCACUGCUACCUCAAAGUUCAGCAACUCCUUCCUCUAUAUUAACCCAAGAAGCUCCAAAAAUACCAACAAAUACCUUAAUGCACUUGCAACCAGACAUACAAAAUAACACUAAUCUUUUAAAUUUUGAAAAGAUUCCAACUUCAGAGAAACUUGAACCUAAAUAUCCUCCACAGCAACAAUAUUCAGAAAUACCUUCACAUAGUACUGCAGAAACUCAUUCCAAGCCAGAGUUAGGAGAGGAUGAUUUUAAUUCCAGAAAGCAUAAACUUGAAUCCCAAGAUAUAAAUGAUUCUUACAACAGUAAGAAACCAAGAAUUGAAACAAAAGAUGAAAUGGACACUAGCUUAACCAAGGGAAUUUAUGAAGUUAUUCUUGACGACAGUAAUUACUCUCAAUUAGAAACAAAUUUAGAAACCUGUUUUGAAAACAGUGCUAUAAAAAUAGGUUCUUAUGGAUACUAUGAUCCGGAUAAAAGUGUAUUUUUGUCAAAAGACGGUUUAUCAUUUGCUAUACAAAAUAUUAAUGGGAGAAGACCAAAAAUUUUAAGCAUAGAAUUAGAUGACAUCCUCAAGGUAUUGGUCCAUUUUUCAAAAAUUAGGCCAGCAUUGUUUUUCUUUGUCACAACAAGAUCUGCGAUACAAAUAAGAACUUUAUUAAGCAUGGAUGAUCCAAGUGGCCCAUAUUUUGAUCCAAAUAGUCUUGAUCUUAAACAUCAGCGAAUAGCUAUUUUACCUGCAAGAAUCAGUGAUGAGUCUGAAGGUAUUUUAAGGGAAUUAUUUAAAAAUAAAGAGAUGGUUGAAAUAAAUGCACAAGUUUCAGACGAUCUCGCUAAUUUAGCAACUACAUCAUACAAAAAUAAAUCGAAACAUUUAUGUAGUAAAUACAAUAAAGAAAUUAGUGAUCCAAUUGGAAGAGAACCUCCUCAUGUAAAUAAUCUGAGUGGUCACAAUACUAAUAACGCAUCAUAUUUUUGUCGUAUUAUUAGAGUAGGCUCUCUAGAAUAUGCAAAAAAGAGAGCAAUGUUAUUAAGUAACAAUGGCUUGAAAUUUUGCGUACCUCAUUUAGACAACGUUUCGCAAAUUGUGACGAUAGAUGUAGAUAUACGCGAUGUUAUAAAAGUAGAAAUUUACUUUUCUAAAUAUAUACCCAUGUUGUUUUUCUAUAUAACAACUAAAGCUGCAAGAAAAAUCCGAAACAAAAUAGGUAUGACUGAUAAAUCGGACUUCUAUCUGGAUCCUGAAGGCGAUGAAACACAAAAUAAAAUAAUUAUCUUACCUCAGACACUAUCAGAAGGUUGUCAUGCCUUAAAAGAAUGGUUCUUGAAAAAAAAAAUAAAGAAAUUGGAUAAAGAAACAGCAAAAGAUAUUCUUGCCAGAUCAUUUAAAAAUAAUAAGGAAAAGAUUUAUAUGACAAUAACAAGAACCAGAGAUUCAUUCUCGGAAGCUAAUAUAUCGAGGCUGGGUGCAGUGGAUGGGUCAGAUAAAAAUGACGAAAGAGUGGUAAAUAGUGAGCAUAACGCUGCCAGAGUAAAAUUUGCAGAAAACAAUGACAACAAAGUGCAGUAUGCUGUAAGUACUGCAAAAAUUAAUACCAAUACAGAACAGAGGAAAACGAAACCUACAGAAGAAGAUGUCGAAACAAUAGAAAUUAUAUCUAAUUCUUGCAUUCGUAUUAAAGCUGAAUGCAUUAAGGUGGGAUCAUACAGGUAUAACAAAGACCCAACGUCCGUAAUAAUAUCAAUUGAAGGGUUAAAUUUUGAUUUACCAAAAAUUCACGACGCAGACGCAAAACAUAAAAUGUACAUAGUUGUGAAAUUGCAUGAAAUAACGGAGCUAUGGUAUUUCUUUUCUAUCAAUACAUGUUUCUUAUUUUUUACGACAACUUCAAUAUGUGCACAAAACAUAAGAACCAUACUAGAAAUGUAUAAUACAGGUGAUAAAGCUGGAUAUUAUGAUCCUGAUUCUGAAAAUCUAUCACAUAAGAGAUUAGCUAUUGUUUUCAACCAGAGCAAUUUUAAAUAUAGAUCAAUAUUAAAAACUAUAUUUUGUAAUCUGAAAGUAAAUUCAAUAAAAGAUUAUAAAACGGCACGUAAAAUGAUGAGGAAUAAACUGUAAACGGGAAAUGAUGACAUGUAAAAAGGACAACGACAGACGUUUGAUAAUUGUGUACAUAAUUUUGUUACUGUUUUAUAAUGAUAAAUAAAAUAUUUUACUUAUAAGAAA